AUGGGCUCGUGGCAGAUGCCUGGGGUCGGCAAGCGGCACAUCGGUCUCGAAACAUGGACGCACGUCGGCAUCCCGCCGGCCAGCUCCCGCGCGCCGGCCAAUGUUUGGACGACACCCCUGGAGCACGAGCACCGCGACCCCUUUGCCGAGCAGGGGGUGCAUCGUCAGUCCAACGGCGCCAACUUUUCGCUCAUGUCUCACUCGUGCCUCGCCCUCGCAUUCCCCUUGGCCCUCGCUCUGGCGGUCGUGCCGUUGGCCUUUGUCCCAUCCUCCACGGCACCGACGUCCCCGUCGCUCGCCGCCGCCAUCACGACGUCGACGGCCAGCAUGCUCGCGCCAGCAUCGCCGACGGCGGAAGCAAAGCCGCCGGCGCCCCCCACGCACUAUGCCGUCCUCCUCUUUGACGGCUUCCAGGCCCUCGACGUCUUUGGCCCCCUCGACGUGCUCAACAUGCUCUCGCGCGACCACGGCCUGCGGCUCUCCAUCGUCGCCGCCCGUGCCGGAUCGGUCUCGACGCGGACGGCGAGCAUGACGCAGCGCAUCGGCCAGGACGUCACGGCCACCCACACGCUGGCGACGGCUCCGCGCGACAUUGAAGUGCUGCUGAUCCCCGGCGGCAUGGGCACACGGCUCGAGGACCUGCGACGACCCGAGGUGGCCUUUAUCCGGUCCGUCUUCCCGCGCCUGCGCUUCCUGCUUACCGUCUGCACGGGAAGCUCACUGGCGGCCCGCGCGGGCGUGCUCGACGGGAGAGAGGCGACGACCAACAAGCGGGCCUUUGAUCGGAUCCGGGCGCAGAGCCCCAGAGUGCACUGGGUUCGGCAGGCCCGCUGGGUGCGCGACGGCAACGUCUGGACCUCGUCCGGCAUCUCGGCCGGCAUCGACAUGAUGUACGCCUUUGUGGGCGCCCACUACGGCGAGGACGUGGCGGCGGCCAUUGCCUGGGAUGCCGAGUACACGCGCAACCUGGAUCCGUCGGACGACCCCUUUUCGGAGCCGAGGGCGAUGCUGUAG